AGCACGGUGCAGACCAGCUUCCUUUUGCAACUGAACUCGCGCGUCUCUUGGAGGAUGCAAGUUUCAGACGUCAAGGGUACGGUCACCUCCGCUACCAUGUACGGAGGGCAAGGUUCGGACGAAAUCGACAUCGAACUACCAUCCUCCAACUACCAAACGAACAUCUUCGGCAAGGGAGUCUCGGGUCCUAAUUCGGCUUGGCACUCUUCCGACCUGGUCGGGUCCAAGACUGCAGGAGCUGUGCACGAGUACUCUUUCACUUGGACUAAGGACUACAUCGAGUGGACUUUCGAUGGCAAGGUGCAAGUCAGAAAAUUGGCAAAGGAUCUCAACGGUGCUUACCCACUCGGAGGCUCCCCACUCGCAUUUGGUAUCUGGCAGCCGAACACGCCAGGAUCUAUCGCUUGGGCUGGAGGUCCGCUGGAUUGG